CUAUGCACUGCACAACUAGCAGAUCUCCACUGAAACGGUUUCGUACCCACUGGGUUUUUAGCGAGAUUGGAGCUGGGAACCAAAUCGCCCACGUUCUCGUCCAAAUCGGACUUAGACUAGCAGCUUACUGGACGCGGCCAUUAUCACAGAUAUCGAGCCCCGUCCAACAUCGGACGCACUGAACGAAACGCGAAAGACGUGUACGCAGUUGCCACAUCCAUGCCUGGCUAUCGUCGUCUCACAAUAGGAAAGCCCUUAACGCCGUUUUCUUCAGUCAGGGCUGCCGACAAAUAUGAUGUCGUAGUUUUGAUAUUUCGAUGAAAUGGAGGAUCACCUAAGCCAAGCCUUAGGUAGGCUCGUUCUGGCCGGAGGCGAGCCUGAUCCUCAAGCUCGGAAAGAGGCUCUGUGUGCCUUCGUGCAAUGUGGUCAUCUCAAUGUCAAUGAGUUUCGCCUCCUCAAAGAACUGCUCUCCACCGUGACAUUGCAGAAAGACAUUGUGCCUAAUCUGCCGGUGGAGCUAGUCAUUCUGAUUACGGAUUACUUGAAUGAAAGAGACAUAUGGUCUUGCUUGACGGUGUCCCACGGAUGGAAAACGACAUUCAUGAGCGAUCGGAUAGUUUUCAGCCUUGCUGACCGCCUUUUCCCGCAGCUUACCUGGAAAGUAUCACAAGAUGCUCUUCAGAACGACAACACCCGUGCUGAACUGCGUUUACGGUUUUUGUAUCGCCUUAGGAAAAGGCUGUCACUGAUGAAACGUUCUGCCUCAGGAGCGCCUCGGCAGUUUGAAGGGAACUACCUCUGGGAAUCGGAGAGCAAUUUCAAGCUUGACGAGCAGGACUACUCCCAGUUCGCAUCACCAAACCUUCCCUUCAAUCAGAAGACAUUGUAUGCCAAUGGCCGAAUAGCCUGGCAAAGGGAAACCCACACGGUUGUGAUUGACGACUUGCGAAACAGAUCACGAAAGAUCCUCUCUCACCCUGGAGGCAAACUCUUGGGGCCGGAGAUGAAAUUGGCAGCACUCGGCAUUCAACUUGCCGUCGCUACCAUGAAUCGAUACAUUUUUGCGUGGAAUAUCGAAAGUGGUAGAUCUGAACGAAGGAUCCUGCCCAGCCUACCAGAGCGAUGUACCACGUUCGGGAAUCGAAUCGCCAUUAUCACAAACGAGGAGAUAUACUUCUGGGACAUGGGCAGCCCCUUGGUCGCAAUGGCGUUGCCAGAUCUUAGCAUCGCGCUUCUAGCCGUCAACACAUUUCCUAAGGCCUUCGUUCACCCACAUCGAGACAAUGUUUUAUAUGCCCGCCAGGUGUACAGAAGUUCUUCGUACACGUUGCGGUUUAUGGUACAUAAAUAUGUUGACCGGAAACAUGUUGAGACCUUCGAUCAUGACGUAGCAAUGAGUUGGCUGCCUAAUGAACGCUUUACUAGUUCGCUGAUGGGCUUCAUACCCAUCAGUCAUGAGUGGGACCAGCAAACUGACGGCUAUUGCCUCUACGAGUUCGAUAUGUAUCAUGAAAAGUUCUUGAAGCGCGAUAUCUCCCAUUGCGGGAGGCGACAUAACGACAGCUUUAUGUUCACAUUCGACGACGACUUUGCAGUUGAGCUGAGCGAGCGUCAGUACUGGGUUUGGUGAUUCUCGAAGAAUGCCCAAAAAAUUCCGACGCACUUCUUUCGAUAAUCCAUCCUUGGUCGUUGCAAGCAAGAUCCCGGUCACGGUUUGCUCAAACAAUCGGUCACCAACAAUCGAACUACAACGCAAUAAAAUCUCCGUACUGAACCAGGUUAACGUAGACGGCUGAACAGAAGAGAACUUGGAAAUAUCGGGAUAUCCGCAAGGAAUGCUGCUCAGGCCCGCUUAUCAUUUUUGAAAAACACAAGGCGACUCGUUUAUGCGGAUUGA